GUGUGUGUGUGUGUGUGUGUGUGGUUUGCUGGAGGAGUUUGCGCCGAAGCCUCCUGCAGACAGACAUUUUCUGCUCCUCCAGGCUUCCCAUAAUCUGUCAGAUUAAACCUGGAUGAGACGCGCCACCCUCUUCCCGUGAGCCCCACUAUUAUCUUCUUCUCUUUUAUUUAUUGAAAUCCUCCAAACAACGCCGAUGUUUUCUUUCUCCUUCGCUGAAAUGCCAGCCGCCCUGCCUGAGCGCUGUCUGCGGUGUUGAAACUCCCCGCGACCUUCCACCUGGCUGCCGCGGACAGUGGCACAUAUUUCUGCGUCUCCAUCUGACGUUUGACGCAAAAUCGUGCCCGCUCUAUACAUGCAGAGGCGACGAGGGUCCAACUACCUGUUAGCUUCCCCGGGCUGCGGGAUUAUGCUGCCUCUGCUGCGCGACGCGACUGAGAAGUGUCGUUUCAUAUUCAUUCAGCGUAUUUGAAAUCGCAGUUGCAUACCUGCUGACCUACUUUGCGCAAGUUGGGAGUAAAACCGACGCAAGAAGAGGAAGCAGUGCAUGCUCUGGUUGUAAGAGAUGGAGAUGAUGUAGGAACAGUAGUAACCCUGUGGGGAAAGUUCCAGUGAAACGCAGGAGAGUUAGAGGAGGGAAGAGGAGAAGGCGUGCUGAAGAGCCAGAGGUGUGUGUUCGUGCGUCCGUGCGUGUUGCGGAGACGGAGAAGGUUAUGACCGCGUCUCUUCACCUACACCUCGGGCUGCUGCUGUUGCUGGCCUGCUGGCAAACACCGGGGAUGGUCGGAGCAACUGAACACUUCAGAUUUCCCAUCAGUUUUAACCUGCCCCCAGAGGAUCAUUAGUAUGAGCCUUCAAGUGUCUGUGCCAGCAGCCCCGGUGAACAUAUCGGUGACCCAGCUGAGGGCGCACUCGGCCAUGGUGACCUGGAACGUUCCUCAGGGAGACACUGUCAUUGGAUAUUCCAUCUCGCAGCAGAGGCAGGACGGCCUGAUGCAGCGCUCCAUCCGAGAGGUGAACACGUCCAGCCGCUGGUGUGUGCUGUGGGACCUGGACGAGGACACACACUACAGCGUCCAGGUGCAGUCUGUUGGGCCACAUGGUGACAGCCAACCUAGCCGUGCCAUCCACUUCAGGACUCUGGAGAGGAGUGACCAUUAUCCAGCCGGAGUACUGGACCACCAUGAACCGGCGAUGGAGGGCUUGGGCAUGACUCCUCACUUACAGACAGGAGAGCUGCUCAUUAUCACCACUGUGCUGCUGCUGUGGGCAGCUGUCAUCGCCCUCUUCUGCCGGCAGUAUGACAUCAUCAAGGACAACGACUCCAACAGCAGCAAAGACAAAAGCAAGAGGCCGCUGGUCCGAGCAGCUCCCCCCUACUACAACGCUUCAGCCGGCAGCUCCCCCAUCUACCACAAUGGAGCCCUGCACAGCAGCAGGCUCCACAGAGCCUCCUCCUCCAUCAGCAUCAUUAGGGUCUGAGUUUGGACGUUUGGUUGUGAGACUCAACUUACUGUGCAGAGCAGGACGGCUGGAGUCAGUGGUGACGCCCAAGGAACUUCAGUGGGAUUAUCACCAAAAGUGGAGAAUUUAUAGACCUGACUGAGAGUCUGAUUUAUUGUAAAAUAUGGAGAAAGUAAGUAGCACUCCAUGCAAUUGAAACUGUGGAGGAAAUGGAUGACUACUGCUCUCUAGUGGCAGACGGCAGCAUUAAGACAUACUUCACCACUGCAGCUUUUUUUAGAGCUUUUCCCAAGAGCAGUUCAGUGCAAGAGGACACAUUCUGACCUGCAGCCAAACUCAUUUCCUGUUGUACAAAAAAUGCUUUAUUUCUAUAAUGUCGUGUCUCUGAUUUCAAAGACUGAUUGUAAAUAUUCGCCAGCAUGUCGGCCUCAAAUUAAUUCAAAAAAAGGUCUGUGUCAAAUCUGAGACAACUUCUUGUUGAAGAUAUGAAUGCAAGAGUGUGUGUGUGUUUGUGUUUACAUGUGCAAUUUCUACAUAUAACUUCCCCUCAUCUGUAUUUUUCAUCUCCUAAUCAGUAAUUUGAUGUACAGUAACAUCAGAAAUAGUGUAUUAUAUGCACAGUAAUUAGAAUAUGUAUAUAGGUCAAAGUAAGUAGUAAGUAUAGUAGGUUUUGAUAAAAUCAAGUCAUAAUUUUGCCAUUUAAUUAAUGUGAUCAGAUAUGUUUCUAUGUGUACUCUAUAUUGUUAUCACAAGUCUUAAAAAUAUGACUAAUGAUCAUGAAACUCAUGAAAUGAAGUUGUUUAGAAACAUUAUUCACCUAUUAGCAUAGUUACCAGAAUGCAACAGCUGCAAAUCAAGCCACUAUAUAUAUAUAUAUAUAUA